GGUUUUGCCGCCGGACCGGAAGUGGUGCGACGGUUAACGGUGCUGCGAGGUUGAGGGUCCGCUUCAGCGCCGAGAGUUGAAUCGGUCAAAGGGCCGAUUGUCCGGCAGCGGGAAGCGAAUACAGCUCAAAAAUAUGGCUGCUAUGGAAAUGGAUCAAGAGCUUGCCAAAACGUUGUUCUUUGAAGGAGGAACUCUUAUUAUACUUGGAGUUCCCGAAGGCACUGAAUUUGGCAUUGAUUAUAACUGCUGGCAAGUGGGACCAAAAUUUAAAGGGGUAAAGAUGAUUCCACCAGGAAUCCACUUCAUGUAUUUCAGUGCUGUGAAUUGCAGAGGUGGUCAGGUAACGGGACCACGCACUGGUUGUUUCUUUCAUAUAAAGCAGCGGGAAAUUCUUAUAAAGCGAUGGGACAAGAAAGAGGAAGAAAUUGUUCUGGUGGAGGCCUCUGAAGAGGAGUUAGAACGUAUAAGAGAAAAUCUGACUGAACUUGACAAGUCUUUGGGGCCAUACCCAUAUGAAACGAUGAAAAGAUGGGUGUCUUUGACCAAUCUCAUUACUGAUCCUUUAAUUCAGAGCCUGCAGCCCGCAAGUGGAAAAAUCAGUGCUUUUUCUGAAGUUCUACCAGAACUAGUAAUGCCACAUACAAAAGAUCGCUUGGAGCAGAAUCUAUUGCCUUAUGAUACAAUAUGCAAAAGCUAUGAGGAGGGUUUAGCAAGGCUGCCUAAAAUGAAGAUUAAAGCAGGUACAGAGAUCAGAUUUUCAAAGAUACCAAUUCGGAAGUAUCCAGAGGGGGCAUCCCCAGCUGAAAUAACAAAGUGCAGUAUGGACUUCAGCUAUGCUUUGGAAACUGUCAUAAACCAGCGGUACUCAUCAAAGCCGAAAGAGAUUCUCGGGGAACUGCAGUUUUCUUUUGUGUGCUUCCUGAUUGGUUAUGUCUACGAUGCAUUUGAGCAUUGGAAAGAGCUACUUCGUCUACUCUGUCACUCUGAGGAAGCUGUGACAAAACAAAAGGACCUCUAUUCUGCCCUCAUCUCUGUCCUCUAUCACCAACUUAAUGAAAUUCCUGCAGACUUCUUUGUGGAUAUAGUCUCCAAAGAUAACUUCCUAACCACGACGUUACAGGAAUUCUUCUCUUAUUCUUGUGGCCCUAAUGUGGACAAAGCGCUUCAAAAACGUGUGGAAAAAUUUAAAGCUCAUUUAACCAAAAAGUUCAAGUGGGAUUUUGAUGAAGAACCUGAUGAUUGUGCCCCAGUCAUGGUUGAGUUGCCGGAAGGAGUGACCCUGGACUGAUUUAUUCAUUUAAGGAAAUGACUGAUUGAGGGUUUUAAAUUCUUUAAUCAUUAGAAAAUACGUAAGUGUUUGGUGAAAAGAAUUUAAAAAACAAAAAUAUUUCUUAAUUUUUAAAUGUCAUUGUAAAAUAUCCUUCUAUAUUUAGUAUAUAUAUUUUGUGAAUUAACUCAUUUGAAAGUUUGUUCUUUUUAUGAUGUCCAAACUGAACAAAUUAAAUAUAAUGUCCAGAUCUAUAA